AUGUCUGACCAGAUCCAGCGUGAGAGGUCUCGCUCACCCCGUCGCCGCUCUUCUCGCAGUCCCCCCCGACGCGCCCGUCGUUCGUACUCCCCCCGGAGUCGCUCCCGCAGCCGUGGUGACCGUGAGGAAUACCGCCGUCCCGAACGCCGUUCCAGAUCUCCCUUGAGUGCUUCCGGAGCAGCAACCGGACCCCCAGGAUCAGGCUCUCCUUUCGGUGGACGCAGUGGAUAUACCCCCGCUCGAUUCGAGGAUCGUGCCGCCAAGGAGAAUAUGAUGCAGACCGUUCGCGAUUCGUCCCAGCAAGACCGCCGGGUCUAUGUCGGCAACCUUUCGUAUGAUGUCAAGUGGCAUCAUCUUAAGGAUUUUAUGAGACAGGCUGGAGAAGUUCUCUUUGCAGAUGUUUUGCUUCUUCCUAAUGGAAUGUCGAAGGUGGGCGCUUAUAUGGUUGACGGGUGGACCUUGGCUGUCCUGAUUUGUAGGGAUGCGGGUGAGUUUCUCGUCUUUCUUCAAAUUGACGUUCUAGCUGACAUGUGUACCAGGAUUGUGGAAUAUGCAACCAGGGACCAAGCACAAAACGCCGUGAAUACGCUCAGCAACCAGAGCCUGAUGGGUCGCCUUGUUUAUGUUCGUGAGGACCGUGAAUCCGAGCCCCGUUUCGUUGGUGGUCCCCCACGCGGUGAUUUCGGCCCCGGUGCCCGAGGUGGAUUCGGUGGUGGUGGCUUCGGAGGCCCCCAAGGUGGUGCUGGUGGCGGUGGCCGCCAGAUUUAUGUCUCAAACCUUCCUUUCAACGUUGGCUGGCAAGACUUGAAGGAUCUGUUCCGUUCAGCAGCCCAGCAAGGUGCCGUUAUCCGUGCCGAUGUGCACACCGACCCUACCGGACGCCCCAAGGGCUCCGGCAUCGUUGCUUUUGAGUCUCCUGAUGAUGCGCGUAACGCCAUUGCGCAGUUCAACGGAUACGAUUGGCAGGGUCGUCCCCUUGAAGUUCGCGAAGAUCGGUUCGCUGGUGGUGGCCCCGGCUUCGGUGGUCGUGGUGGCUUUGGCGGUGGCUUUGGCGGUCGUGGCGGCUUCGGCGGUCCUAUGGGUCGUGGAGGCUUCGGUGGUCGCGGAGGCUUUGGCGGUGGCUUCGCUGGACGCGGCGGCUUUGGCGGCUCCCCUGGUAGCCACGGUGGUUUCCCCGGUGCCGGUGGAUUUGAGCACGGUGGUGCUCCUCCUGUUCCCUCCGGACCCCCCAACCCUUUCACUGAUUAUGCCACUUCCAACGGUGACAAGAGCGCUGUCAUCUAUGUUCGCAACUUGCCCUGGUCUACUUGCAAUGAUGACCUGGUUGAUCUGUUCUCCACCAUCGGUAAAGUUGAACGCGCUGAAAUUCAGUACGAGCCUAACGGCCGCUCCCGCGGUACUGGUGUGGUUCAAUUUGACACCGCUGAUACUGCUGAAACUGCAAUUGCUAAAUUCUCCGGCUACCAGUACGGUGGUCGUCCCCUGGGCAUCACCUUCGUGAAGUACAUGAACGCUGGCCCAGGUCCCGAAGAGAUGAUGGAAGGCCAAGAGUCGACCGUCGGUUUGACCCAGGACCAGAUCAUGUAA